AUGGCCGUGCUCCGGAGCGCGGGCGCCGCGCACCUGCUGAGCACAGGACUCGCUACGCUGACCCUGAACUACUGGACGCUGAGCUUCAACUUCAACAUCAUCACGAACACAGAGGGCCAGCACAGGCACACCACGCGGCCCAUGAAUUGCCACAAGUGGAACAAUUGCACGCUGAACGUGACUGGCCACAUGGACUACCCCACCCAGAUUGCGAAGGACUACUGGACACUGAAAAUCAACUCCAACAUCAUCACGAACAUAGAGGGCCAGCACAUGCAGGAUUACAACACGCUGACCCUGAACGACUGGACGCUGAACUUCAAAUUCAACAUCCUCACGAACACAGAGGGCCAGUACGUGCAGGACUGGACGCUGAGCUUCAAGUUCAACAUCUUCACGAACACAGAGGGCCAGCACAGGCAGGACUACGACACGCUGACCCCGAACUACUGGACGCUGAGCUUCAAUUUCAACAUCCUCACGAACACAGAGGGCCAACACAUGCAGAACUACACCACGCGGCCCCUGAAUUGCCACCAGUGGAACGAUUGCACGCUGAACGUGACUUGCCACAUGCUGCUUCAGACGACGCACAAGACCAGGCUGAAUGGCAGCAACAAUACGGACACCUACACGAUGAGGAAAGAGCUCCCAGGGAUCAUAGCCAUCACGCAGGAGAUCGAAGGCUACAAGUACACCCUGGACUCCCCCCUCAGGAAGAGCGACACCCCAGAGGACAAGAAACGCCUGCAGGAGAUAGGGUCGCCAGCGCCGCCCUUCGCGCUGGCGAUCUUGGAAGGACUGUACAAGUGUGACGUGGGCGGCUCCAUGGAGGGUGCCAUUCGGAACCACCUGCACCGAGCGGAUCACACCACGCGGCUCCUGAAUUACUACCAGUGGAACAAUUGCACGCCGAACGUGACUUGCCACCUGGACCACUACAUCCACACCCAGCUCGCGAAGGACUACUGGAUGUCCCAG